GCCCUCCUGGAACAAGAGGAAUGCGCUGGCCGGGCGCCAACCAGGGCUCAGCGCAGGGUAACGUUUCACUUCAGAUUUACGGGAAGGUGUUGGGAGUAAGAAUCUGGUUUGGUGAGUUUGGGGCAGGGAGUAGCCAAGAGACAACCUUGCUACUGUGAGCGCAGAGAGAAGGGGAGGAGAGGGGGGGACGACAAAAAAUAAAACCGCCCCGGAGCUGGGGGAGAUCCCGGCUUUUACUCCCCGGGGUCCGGGAGUGCGCUGAGCUCCGCAGCGGGGAAGAGGCGAGCGCUCCCUAAUCCCAGCCCAGUCUCAGCCCAUCCCCGGUCCCAGACCGGUCCCAGCUCUGCGCCGCUCCGCUCCGCUCCGCAGGAAUGUGCGGCUUAGCGCAGGAGCUUUGGCUGAACUGCUGAGCGCGGGGCUCUCCCCACGUCUUACUUCUCAAAAAGACUACAUUAAAAAAAAAAAAAAAAAAAAUUAGUACAGUGAGCCAAGAGUGGAGGCUCGGAUCGGCUGUUGCUGUGAGCGGCGGCGUUGCGAGGAGUUGCUCAACUCUCACUUAGCAGCGGGGCCGGAGGGACAAUGCGCUGAGUCGCUGCCCCACGGCUUCGCCUUCCCCGGAUGGUGCCGGCGGCGGCGGGGCUGCAGGUUUUAUCAGGCUUUGAAUGAGUUUGGCAUCAUGACCGCUGAGGACUCUACUGCAAGGAUGAGCAACGAUUCCUCUAACGUGAGCAGCACAAAAGUCCCUGAAGGUGUGGCCGGUGCACCCAACGAGGCGGCCCUGCUGGCACUGAUGGAGCGCACCGGCUACAGCAUGAUCCAGGAGAACGGGCAACGCAAGUACGGCGGCCCACCGCCUGGCUGGGAUGGCCUGCACCCUCCUCGCGGCUGCGAAGUCUUUGUGGGCAAGAUACCCCGUGAUGUCUAUGAAGAUGAGCUUGUGCCCGUGUUCGAGUCUGUUGGCCGCAUCUACGAGAUGCGCCUGAUGAUGGACUUCGAUGGGAAGAACCGCGGUUAUGCCUUCGUGAUGUACACGCAGAAGCAUGAGGCAAAGCGGGCUGUCAGGGAGCUGAACAACUAUGAAAUCCGCCCAGGCAGGCUGCUGGGUGUGUGCUGCAGCGUAGACAACUGCCGGCUCUUCAUUGGAGGCAUUCCCAAGAUGAAGAAGAGAGAGGAGAUCCUGGAGGAGAUCGCUAAAGUGACGGAAGGUGUAUUGGAUGUCAUUGUCUAUGCAAGCGCUGCAGACAAGAUGAAGAACAGGGGUUUCGCCUUUGUGGAGUACGAGAGCCAUCGAGCAGCAGCAAUGGCCAGGAGAAAGCUCAUGCCAGGAAGGAUCCAGCUGUGGGGACACCAGAUUGCUGUUGACUGGGCAGAACCAGAGAUAGACGUGGAUGAAGACGUCAUGGAGACUGUUAAAAUCCUCUAUGUGAGGAACUUAAUGAUUGAGACCACAGAGGAUACCAUUAAAAAGGUCUUUGGGCAGUUUAACCCUGGCUGUGUAGAGCGGGUGAAAAAAAUACGUGAUUACGCCUUUGUGCACUUUACAACCAGGGAAGAUGCCAUCCACGCCAUGAAUAACCUUAAUGGUGUCGAACUGGAAGGCUCGUGCCUGGAGGUUACCUUAGCCAAGCCAGUGGACAAGGAGCAGUACACUCGCUACCAGAAAGCAGCAAAAGGAGGGGCUGCAGCAACACCCGAAGUAACUCAGCAACCUAACUAUGUUUACUCUUGCGAUCCAUACACACUAGCGUAUUAUGGAUAUCCAUACAAUGCCCUGAUAGGGCCCAACAGAGAUUACUUUGUGAAAGCAGGCAGCAUACGAGGUAGAGGGCGAGGUGCAGCCGGCAACAGAGCCCCAGGCCCCCGUGGCUCCUACCUGGGGGGAUACUCUGCUGGUCGUGGCAUAUACAGCAGGUACCACGAAGGCAAAGGAAAACAGCAAGAAAAAGGAUACGAGCUGGUACCCAACCUGGAAUUACCAGCUGUCAACCCAGUGGCCAUUAAGCCUGGUGCAGUGGCCAUCCCUGCAAUUGGUGCCCAGUACUCCAUGUUUCCUGCUGCACCACCAGCCAAGAUGAUGGAAGAUGGCAAAAUCCACACAGUGGAGCACAUCAUCAACCCUAUUGCCGUCCAGCAGGACCCAGCCAGUGCAGCAGCUGCUGCAGCAGCCGCAGCUGCAGCAGUAAUACCAGCUGUGUCAACGCCUCCCCCCUUCCAGGGCCGCCCCAUAACCCCAGUGUACACCAUGGCCCCCAACGUGCAGAGGAUCCCCGCUGCUGGCAUUUAUGGGACAAGUUACGUGCCAUUCGCAGCACCCGCUGCAGCAACAGCAACGAUAGCCACGCUACAGAAGAAUGCCGCCGCUGCUGCUGCCGCUGCUGCCGCCUACGGGGGCUAUGCUGGCUACAUACCUCCGGCCUUCCCAGCUGCCACCAUCCAGGUGCCCAUCCACGACGUCUACCAGACGUACUGAGACUGUCGGCAGAGAAACAAACACUGAAGGAACACUUUACUAUUUAUGAAGAAUGCGCCUGCUGCAGGAGAGCAAUGUCAGGACUCAGUAAACUGACGCAGAACCUGAAAGUGAAGAAUGUCUCAGAAAAACAUGUUCAAAAUGUUUUCUACGCUUGAAGUUUUCACUAACUUUUUUUAGGCUAUUUUUAAAAUUUAACACGCCUGUAUUCAUACAUUUCUAAACGACCUUGAUGCAGCCACCCAUCACUUACAUGCCUUUAUACGCAUCACAGUGGGGUUGCACAGGGUCCUUUUUUUUUAGCAGUUAUAUUUUCAAUAUAUUUGUGGUAUGAAGGUUAUUUUUAGUAACUUCUGCACUCCAGAGAUGUCUAUUUUGUAGUGCCUUUAAUAAUAUAUCAGCUAUAUAUUAAGAAGCACACCUGAGCAGCUAGGGAAAGUUUAAACGAUAUAUUUUGAAGAAUAUAUUCAAUAUUUAAAGAAUACAUUCCUUAGAUUUUUUUUUUUUUUUAAAGAAAAGAAAAAAACAACAAGUAUCUUAUUUAAGAAAUGUUAUACUGGAAAGUGCAAUUUGAAAAACGUGCAAGACCUCUGCGUUUUUGUGCUGGCAUUAAUACAGUCUGUUUGUUACUGUUUGAAAUCAAAAAUAAUUCAUAUUGCCUUUGUAGGAGGAACAGAAAGAAGAAAGCCUCCUCACACGAAGCCCUUCGCAGUGUGAUUAGCAGGCUUAUGAUGCUAAAGGAAAGGCUCAGAGUUUUCCUCAACAACUGGAAUUUCUAUUUAUUGAAGCUACCUGUAGUUCAGCCUUGGAGCACGCGCAGAUACGCGCGCCUCAUAUUUUGCGUAAGGCGUCUCGACUUCAAUCUUCAUCCAGUAUAAAACCUAGGCUCUUUUUAAAUGCUCUUUAUUUUAUUCUUUGAAGUAUAUGCUGUAGUGACUGAGAAUGUAUGCUGUUGUAGGCAAGAGCUCGCCCGCUCCUGGCAGCAGGAUGCGCGGUGCUAUUUACCCAUAGCUUCAUCACGUCCCGUGAGAAAUUUCCGAGGUACUGGGGGUGGUGGUGAUACUGGAAUUGACACAGCAAGGCUGGCGUCCCUCCCGGCCUCCCUUCCACACAGACUCCAGCUCCCACACCUGGAGCUCUGCGUGCACAUCAGGGAUGGGAAGGAUUGGACCCCGCCGUUUUAAGACGUAGAGCUUGUAAAUACCUUUUAAUAUACUUUUUAAAAGUCAUUUUAUGUUGCAAAUUUACAUGGUAUGUGGUUUGCCACAAAACAAACACAGUUUAUUUUGAUGUUGUUAAAAAAAAAAAAGUUUGUUAUAUUAAGGAGUAAAUAUAUUAUUGCAGUGUUUUGUGGCCUGUUUAAAGGCUUUUAUUUAGUAGUGCAGUGAAUGUAAAAUAUGGUAAAACGUUAAAGAAAUAUCUCACCCAUUUUAUGAAGUGUAUCAGCUCUGCAAUCACAGCUCCAGUGAAGGGAGGUGUGGAGCAGGGAGUGAGUAAACAAUUUUGCUUUGCUUUUAGUGGUAUAAAUACCAGCUGAAGGGGUUUCAUAUAAAGUAUAUUUUGACAACAGAACCACUUUCGGAUCAUCUCCAGCUUAGUAAAGUGACCUUUUAAUGCAUAUUUUUCUUGCCUCAAAACGGAGCGGUUGUUUUUAGGUGCUCUUACUCAGCAAAGCUGAGCUCUAUUUAAACCUGUCCAACUGCUAUCAAAAGCACUGUGAGGAAGUUAACCAUUAAGUCGGACUCUGACCCUCCGUGCCCCUUCCCUGGAGGCUUUUGCCAUCUGUCCCACCGCUUCUGAAAACAAAAUCCUUAGCCUCCAAACCUUCAUCCCAAACACCCUGCCUGUUUUUAGGGUAAGGGGAGGUGAAGCAGGCAAAGCCUUGUCAGAAGACCCUGGCGGGAGUACCCAGAAAGUGCUGGGGCUCCAGCUAAGGCUUUGUACAACUCAGUGCUAACUGCCACCAUGGGUCACAGCCAACCUCAAUGUCAUCCAGGCACUGCAGGCCCUGCUAUCCCCUUUCCAGCCCCUCCAUCAGAACCAUGGCCAACCCAGAAGAGCAUCAAAGGGCAAUGGCUCUCCCAACCAUCCUCUACCCACUGGCCCCUGUUGCUUGCAUCAGGGACAGAAAGGAGCCCAAAGAGGUGAGUCCCUAGGCCACCACGCCAGGGCAGGAGCAGGCAGGACGUGGGGAUGCAGCCUCCCACCUCCAUCUUUUCCAUUUGCUUCUAAACCAUUUCAUGUACACUACUACUGAGGUAAGUCUGAUAACUUGAAAUGUGAACAUCUUUAGGUUAAGAACAAACUAUUCAAAGAAAUAUAUAUAUAUAUAUUAAAGAAAAACUAGUGUGCCUUAUUCUUGAAAGAGCUGAUAUUUUAGGUGUUUUAUUGUAUCUCUGUUUUCUGUAUUGUCAGAAGCCUCUGAAUUUAUUUAGUUCUGCUCCAUUUACGGUACAUUUCUAGGACAUAGUGAAUAAAGCAUUCUAUAAAAACAGAGACUGU